UGUGUGUGUGUUCCUCCCACUCUCUCUUCAUUUCCUGACUUCUUCGUCUUUUGACUUUUGUCUCAGUGAGAACAGAAUGACAUGAGCCACGACUGAAUCAGAACCAAGCCAACCUCUGAUGAUCAAUCACCCAUGGGCUUUGGGCUGUGUGCAGCGCCACCAUGAGUUCUGAGCUGAUACUGGAGGAGACACUGACCAAGCGCUCACAGCAGAAGAAGAGGACGUCGCCACUGAACUACAAGGAGCGGUUGUUUGUGCUGACGAAGAGCAGCCUAGCAUACUAUGACAGAAAAGCAGAGAAAAAGUUCCGGAGAGGCCUAAUCGAACUGAGUCUGAUCAGAUGUGUGGAGAUCGUGAGGAGCAACGGAGAACUCAUCCCCUGCCACAACAAAUACCCUUUCCAGGUGGUGCAUGACACUAAUAUACUUUACAUUUUCGCUCCGAACCACGACAGUAGAACCAUCUGGGUCCAGAGACUGAAGGAAGAAAUCAAAGACAACCCCUCAGUCUUGGCAAAGUUUCAUCCCCAGUUCUGGCAGGAGGGGUCGUGGCUCUGCUGCCGGCAGAUGGAGAAACAGGCUCCAGGCUGUGAGAAGUACAACCCUUAUGGAGACAUUACCAGGAAACCUUUACCCCCCGUUCCUGGGGAAAGUAAAGACAGGAUGCAGCAACAGCGGCCUCAAUCCUCACUUCCUCCCUGUCCUGAUGGUGAACAAGGAGGUGAUGAAGGGGAGCAGGAGGUGGUGACGGAGAAAAAGGAGGAGGUGGUGGUGGCUCUGUACGACUUCCCCGGCGCAGAACCACACGACCUUCGUCUGGUCAAAGGGCUCGAAUACGUCAUCCUGGAAAAGUGCGACAUCAACUGGUACAAGGCAAGAAACAAGUACGGUGAGGAAGGCUACAUCCCCAGUAACUACAUUACAGAGAAGAAGUUGGGGAAUCUCAUGCAGUUUGUUUGGUACAGUAAACAUGUGAACAGGAACAAAGCUGAGGAGCUGCUCAGGAAGGAGGACAAGGAGGGUGCCUUCAUCGUUAGAGACUCCAGCAAUCCUGAAACCUACACCAUCUCCGUCUAUGCUAAGUCUCUUCACACUGGUGAUGGAGGAGCAGCAAUUAAACACUACCGCAUCAAGAAGACGCAGGAGUCUCCUCCUCAGUUUUACCUUGCUGAGAAACACCUGUUCAGCUCCAUCCCCGAACUCAUUGACUACCACAAACACAACGCUGCGGGUCUUGUAGCGAGGCUCAGGUAUCCUGUCGGGAAGUCGGCCCCGUCCACAGCUGGUUUUAGCUACGAGAAGUGGGAAAUCAAUCCCAGGGAGCUGACCUUCAUGAAGGAGCUGGGAAGUGGACAGUUUGGCGUAGUCAGGCUUGGAAAAUGGCGGGCUCAACACAAGGUGGCGAUCAAGGCCAUCCGGGAGGGAGCCAUGUUUGAGGAGGACUUUAUCGAAGAGGCCAAGGUCAUGAUGAAACUUUCCCACCCUAAGCUGGUCCAGCUCUAUGGACUGUGCAGCCAGCAGCGACCCAUCUACAUCGUCACUGAGUUCAUGGAGCUGGGCUGUUUGCUGAACUUCCUCCGACAGCGGUGCGGUGGCUUCAACAUUGGCUCCCUGCUGAGUAUAUGCCUGGAUGUCAGCGAGGGCAUGGAGCACCUGGAGGCCAAUGGAUUCAUUCAUAGAGACCUGGCAGCGAGAAACUGUUUGGUGAGUGACACCAUGGUAGUGAAGGUGUCCGACUUUGGAAUGACCAGGUACGUGUUGGACAACAUGUAUACCAGCUCGUCCAGUGCCAAGUUCUGUGUGAAGUGGUCUCCUCCAGAAGUCUUUCACUUCUGCACGUUCAGCAGCAUGUCGGACGUCUGGUCCUAUGGCGUGGUAAUGUGGGAGGUUUUCACCGAGGGUCAGAUGCCAUUUGAGCAACAGCUGAACCAUGAGGUUGUGACUCUGGUCACUAGAGGACACAGACUUCACAGACCAAAAAUGGCCCCACCCUUUAUCUAUGACAUCAUGCAGAAGUGCUGGCAUAAGAAACCAGAGGAGCGUCCAUCGUUCUCUCAGAUCUGUGUCAUGAUUGCUGAUGCUCUGGAGGGUGACCUCACAGAUUGACCAACUGGACCAUACACGUUUUAGUGACCAAUCAAAAGCACAGUUUUAAAUAGCUCAUAAACAACAGAGAAGACACCUCAAGCCGACGGACGGACAGAAUGUUUUUCUAGGUCAUUGAAUUUUGGACCAAGUCCAUUGUAAUUCACAUAAAUGAUGUCCCUCUUAUAAAAGAGUCCAAAAGUG